CUUAUCUAUCGAGUGGACGCGACGCCAACAGCGUCAGCGCCUCCUCCCGCUCUCCGGCUCCUGUCCUGCUCGCGCUCGUCGCCCCCCUGCCGCUCGGCUCCCCUUGGCCCCUCCAAUGCCGCCACCCAUGGCACUGCUGCCGCUCUCCUCCGCAUCCGCGUCCGCCGCGCUGCCGCCCUUCCGCUCCUGCCCGCCCGCUGCGAUGCUGCUUCGCCUCCCCUCCCCCGCCCCCUCCCAUUUCGCCCGCCCCCGCGCGGUCUCCACUGGGUACGCGGCGUCCUUCUACGGCGGCUCGGCGAUGUCCGCGGCCGGCGGCGCGGACGAGGAGGAGGAGGUCGGCUACGAGUCGGGGUUCGGCCCGGGGCUAGGGCUGGGCGGCGGCGGCCUCGGGAUGUCGGCCGCGGAAGCCGCGCUGGCGCUGGAGGAGCGCGAGAUGCCGCCCUGCCCACCCGGCCUCCGCCAGUACGAGACCAUGGUCGUGCUCCGCCCCGACAUGUCCGAGGAGGAGCGCCUCGCCUUCAUCCAGCGCUACGAGGAGCUGCUCGUCGCCGGCGGCGCCAUGUACGUGGAGGUCUUCAACCGCGGUGUCAUCCCGCUGGCAUACAGCAUCAGGAAGAGGAACAGCCGCACCGGGCUGCCGUCCACCUACUACGACGGCAUCUACCUCCUCAUCACCUACUUCACCAAGCCGGAGUCCAUGGACGCCCUGCAGCUUAAGCUCAACGCCGACGACGACGUCAUCCGCUCCACCAGCUUCAAGGUCCGCCAGCGGAAGGCCGUCUAGUUAGACGGGUUGCCUCCUCCGCCUUCAGGCCCUGAACACUGUUUUGUUCACAUACCAUACUACAAGAAAUCUGCUGUACAAGAAUCCACCUUUGCCAUGAUUGUUGAGUUUUUUUUUUUUGAAU